GCUUUGAAAAGGAGAUCUCCAAGCAGACGGAAAAGGAUGGGCCUGGCAUCUUCCCUGGCAAUCCGGGGCUGUGCUCCAUGGACAAGUCUCCCGUCUCCAGCCUGAGCAGGAGCGAGAGUCCCCUGGACAGCAUCUGCCUCAGUGAAUCCGAGAAGACGGCCGUGCUGACGCUCAUCAGAGAGGAGAUAAUCACGAAGGAGAUCGAAGCAAAUGAGUGGAAGAAGAAAUAUGAAGAGAGCCGCCAGGAAGUCUUGGAGAUGAGGAAAAUCGUGGCUGAGUACGAGAAGACCAUUGCCCAGAUGAUAGAGGAUGAGCAGAGGACAAACAUGACAUCUCAGAAGAACCUGCAGCAGCUCACGAUGGAGAAGGACCAGGCGCUGGCAGACCUGAACUCGGUGGAGAGGUCCCUGUCGGAUCUCUUCAGGAGAUACGAGAACCUGAAGGGCGUCCUGGAAGGCUUUAAGAAGAAUGAAGAAGCUCUGAAGAAGUGUGCUCAGGAUUAUUUAACCCGGGUCAAGCAAGAAGAGCAGCGGUAUCAGGCCCUGAAAGUCCACGCAGAAGAAAAACUAGACAAAGCCAACGAGGAGAUCGCCCAGGUGCGCAUGAAGGCCAAGGCGGAGAGCGCGGCGCUGCACGCCGGGCUGCGCAAGGAGCAGAUGAAGGUGGAGUCCCUGGAGAGAGCGCUCCAGCAGAAGAAUCAGGAGAUUGAGGAGCUGACCAAGAUCUGUGACGAGCUGAUCGCGAAGCUGGGAAAGACAGACUGA